UCUGCCGUGAUUGGUCGCAGAGUUGAGUGGCCCCGCCCAGCUCUCCGAGACUUGGCUCACUUUCUUGUGGAAUACUUGAGAGGAAGAAGAAGAAGAAGAAGAAGAAGAAGAAGAAGAAGAAGAAGAAGAAGAAGAAGAAGGCGAGCCGACAUUCUUCUCCUCGUCCUGCGUCGUCAGAGCCGCAAUGUGGGCGUCGCGUCCACGGCAGGAGCAGGUGAGUCCUGCUCCACCUACCUGGUGCUAAGCAUGCUGACCAAGACUCCGCCCACCAUCAGCAACGUCAACCUGGUCAACGCAGAAAGCGCCGACGUGCAAGACGGAAUCAAGAUGGCCGACCUGGUGGAGAGCUUAGACGCCGGAGAGCUGGACUUUGACGAGGGAGAGGACGUGGACUACGAUGGAAACUGCCCCGGUGAUUGUGGUAUUCCCUUUUCUUGCGUGUACUCCACUGUGGGCUUCAAGGAGGCCAACGCCAGAGUCUUCCUGCCCAGCGUCCCCAUCAGCGCUCGCAUCCUGGAGGUGGAGCGCUUCACCAGCGCCCAGGACCGCUUCAACCUGUCUCACCACCGCAGCGUCAACAAGUCGCUGCCGGCCGUCUUCAAGCUGGAGAUGAAACACGGGGAGUUCACCUGGCUGGUGAAGAGGAAGGAGAAGCACUUCUUGGAGCUGCACAGAGAGCUCAGGACCUACAAGACCUUCAUGAGGAUUCCUCUGCCCUCACGAAGCCACACAGUGAGGAGGAGGACGGUGAGGAAGAGCGAGGUGAGGAAGAUACCUUCCCUGCCCAGAGGCGGAGGAGACGAGCUGGUGCGGGACGAGCAGGUGUCCAGCAGGCGGGGGUGUCCUGAGCCGAUAUUGAUAUCAGAUGUGGGCCCGAUAUCAUCAGGAAAACAAAGACAACUAGAGGACUAUUUGAACAAGCUGCUGAAGAUGUCCAUGUACCGCAAAUACCACCACACUAUGGAGUUUAUCGACGUCAGCCAGCUGUCGUUCAUCCACGACCUCGGCCCUAAGGGACUGGAAGGGAUGAUUUACAAGCGCUCAGGUGGUCACCGCAUCCCGGGUUUGAACUGCUGUGGUCACACCAAGGCUUGUUAUCGCUGGUCCAAACGCUGGCUGGUGGUGAAGGACUCCUUCCUGCUCUACAUGAAGCCCGACUCGGGCGCCAUCUCCUUCGUCCUGCUGCUGGAUAAAGAGUUCAGCAUCAGGAUGGAUUCCAAAGACACCGAGACCAAACACGGAGUCAGGAUUGACAGUUUGUCCAGGACGUUGGUGUUCAAGUGCAGCAGCUACAGACACGCCCGCUGGUGGGGUCAAAGCAUCGAGAGCUUGGUGAGGAACUACGGCAAGGCCUUCCUCCAAGAUCACCGCUUUGGCUCCUUUGCACAGGAGCAGGAAAACAUUCUGGCCAAAUGGUACGUGAAUGGAAAAACCUACAUGGAGGACGUGGCCAACGCCUUGGAGGAGGCCAGGGAGGAGAUCUUCAUCACAGACUGGUGGCUGAGUCCUGAGAUCUUCCUGAAGAGACCCGUGGUGGAGGGGAACCACUGGAGACUGGACUGCACACUCAAGCGCAAAGCUCAACAAGGAGUGCGCGUGUUUGUCAUGUUGUACAAAGAGGUGGAGUUGGCGCUGGGCAUCAACUCGGGCUACACCAAGAGGACCCUCAUGCACCUGCACCCCCACAUCAAGGUGAUGCGCCAUCCAGACCACGUGUCCUCCUCCGUCUACCUGUGGGCGCACCACGAGAAGAUAGUCGUCGUCGACCAGUCGGUGGCCUUUGUGGGCGGGAUCGACCUGGCGUACGGUCGCUGGGACGACCGGGAGCACCGGCUGACGGAUGUGGGCAGCGUCACCCGCUCGGUGGCGCUCGAGCAGGCCGCCAACACCCCACCAGGCAAGGUGGCUCCGCCCCUCGGUGACGGCAUCUCCCACAGCAACGGCGGAGGGACGCCGCCCGCCGACGGCGUGGAGCUGCCGAGGCUGAAGGGCGUCGGCCGCAGCCGGCGGUCUCGCUUCAGUCUGUACCGCCACCUGCACAAGCACGCCCUGCAGCCCGCCGACAGCGUCAGCAGCGUGGACAGUUCAGGAAGCGGCUCGCUGCACAGCCUGAAGACGGGCGUUGGAGAGCUGCAGGGAAACACUCGCUUCUGGCACGGAAAAGACUACUGCAACUUUGUUUACAAGGACUGGAUCCAGCUGGAAAAACCCUUUGAUGACUUUAUCGACCGCUACACCACGCCCAGGAUGCCGUGGCACGACAUCGCCGCCGCGGUCCACGGCCGAGCCGCCCGGGACGUGGCGAGGCACUUCAUCCAGCGCUGGAACUUCACCAAGAUCAUGAAACCAAAGUACCGCUCCCUGUCUUAUCCAUUCCUGCUGCCCAAGUCUCACUCCAGUGCCAAUGAGCUCAGACACCAAGUCCCCGGCUGUGUCAACACCAGAGUGCAGGUCCUGCGUUCAGCGUCUGAUUGGUCGGCGGGGAUCAAGUACCACGAGGAGUCCAUCCACUGCGCCUACAUCCAAGUCAUCGCCAAGAGCAACCACUACAUUUACAUCGAGAACCAGUUCUUCAUCAGCUGUGCCGACAACCGCUUUGUGUACAACAAAAUCGGAGACGCCAUCAUCCAGCGGAUCAUCAGGGCGCACAACGAGGGUAAGAAGUACCGGGUGUACGUGGUGACCCCCCUGCUUCCCGGCUUUGAGGGCGACAUCACCACAGGCGGAGGAAACGCCAUCCAGGCCGUCAUGCACUUUAACUACAGGACUAUGAUCCGGGGGGAGCACUCCAUCAUCUCCCGGCUGAAGACAGAGAUGGACGACCAGUGGAUGAACUACAUCUCCUUCGCCGGCCUGCGCACGCACGCCGACUUGGAAGGUCGCCUGGUGACCGAGCUCAUCUACGUGCACAGCAAGAUGCUCAUCGCCGACGACAACACCGUCGUCAUCGGCUCGGCCAACAUCAACGACAGGAGCAUGCUGGGUAAACGAGACAGCGAGGUGGCGGUGAUUGUGGAGGACACGGAGAAGGUCCCCUCUGUGAUGGACGGGAGAGACUAUGAAGCUGGUCCCUACGCGCUGCAGCUGCGGCUGGAAUGCUUCAGGACCAUCCUCGGCGGGCACAGCGACGCCAGCAUCGACCUCCGUGACCCCAUCAGUGACCGCUUCUACAAGGAAGUGUGGAUGACCACGGCCGGCCGCAACGCCACCAUCUAUGAGAAGGUGUUCCGCUGCCUCCCGUCCUCGCUGGUGCGCAACAUGUCAGAGCUGGAAAAGUACCAGUCCGAGCCCGGUCUGGCCCAGACCGACCUGGCCCGGGCCCAGGAGGAGCUGCGGAAAAUACGAGGCUUUUUGGUGCAGUUUCCCCUGGACUUCCUGUCCGAGCAGAACCUCAUGCCCUCUGUGGGCACCAAGGAGGGCAUGGUGCCCACGGAGAUCUGGACGUAGGACCACGCCCGGGACUCUACUGGACUUGUUGGGGGCCAAGGAGGCCAGAAGGGACUAUGGUAAGACUAAGAUGGCCUCAGGCUGACUUCACCUGGUCCUCAUCCCCGCUAGAACUGCUUCACUGACUUCAGCACAGCGAGCUUCACACUCUGCUGCCUUCCAGCCCGGCUGAAGGCCAGCAGACCUAAGAAGUCCACUUUACCAGUUCUGGAUGAGACCUCACCAGGUGACCAUCGCAGGUUUGACAAAUAUUCCACACAGCAGAUUUGGAUUCUUUUAGUUCUGUCACAUAAUAAGUGAUGCAAGUAUAUUUCUGGGACUCGUGUUGAAUUCUAACCUGAGGAAUGUGCUAGAACAGGGGUCCCCAAACUAUGGUCCGAGUGCCAGACCUGAGGAAUAUGCUAGACCAGGGGUCCCCAAACUAUGGCUUGAGGGCCAGACCUGAGGAAUAUGCUAGACCAGGGGUCCCCAAACUAUGGUCCGAGUGCCAGACCUGAGGAAUAUGCUAGACCAGGGGUCCCCAAACUAUGGUCCGAGUGCCAGACCUGAGGAAUAUGCUAGACCAGGGGUCCCCAAACUAUGGCCUGAGGGCCAGACCUGAGGACUAUGCUAGACCUGGGGUCCCCAAACUAUGGCCUGAGGGCCAGACCUGAGGAAUAUGCUAGACCAGGGGUCCCCAAACUAUGGCCUGAGGGCCAGACCUGAGGAAUAUGCUAGACCAGGGGUCCCCAAACUAUGGUCCGAGUGCCAGACCUGAGGAAUAUGCUAGACCAGGGGUCCCCAAACUAUGGUCCGAGUGCCAGACCUGAGGAAUAUGCUAGACCAGGGGUCCCCAAACUAUGGCCUGAGGGCCAGACCUGAGGACUAUGCUAGACCUGGGGUCCCCAAACUAUGGCCUGAGGGCCAGACCUGAGGAAUAUGCUAGACCAGGGGUCCCCAAACUAUGGCCUGAGGGCCAGACCUGAGGAAUAUGCUAGACCAGGGGUCCCCAAACUAUGGUCCGAGUGCCAGACCUGAGGAAUAUGCUAGACCAGGGGUCCCCAAACUAUGGUCCGAGUGCCAGACCUGAGGAAUAUGCUAGACCAGGGGUCCCCAAACUAUGGCCUGAGGACCAGACACGGCCGGCAAGCGUCCAUAAUCCGACCUGAGUAAAAAAAAAAAAAGAAACAUUUUUAAAUGUGUUUUUUAUUAUAUAUUUGUAUGUACAUACAUAUAUAUGUAUGUAUGUAUGUAUGUAUGUAUGUAUGUAUGUAUGUAUGUAUGCAUCAAAAAGUGUGUGGACCCCUGUACUAGAACAUAAUAAUAACUGACUUUUCAGACAGUGCUUUGGUUUGGAAUAUUUGAGUUAUGAUGCAAAAAAAAAGUCCUAACAGUUCUUUUAAAAAGUCAAUUUUAGAAUCUUUUUUUAUCAAUCAAUUUUAGAACCUGGGAUGGCGAGGAGAGCAAAAUUGACAAAAAUUCAACCAGCAGACAGCAUUUAAAUUUGGAUUAUCUGAGUGAGAAAAGAAAAAUACCUCAUCAUUUUUUUCAUGAAGUAUAUUUCAGCUUCUGGCCAGUUUGAACCCCCAUGAAUAUUACAAAAUGUCCAAAUAAGCAACUUUUUAACCAACCCAGCACACAGGAAAGUGUUUUUCAACAAAACAACAACAAAGUCCUUGAAAGUGCAGACUUAGUUGUUGUUGGGGACCAGAGGACUCUGAUAUCAGCCUGGGAGACAAUCCCAGGUCACAUCAUCAUGUUGAGCAGCAGGUGGCGCUGCUUUACUGAAAUUCUGACCUUUUUUUUUUUUCUUCUUUUUUUAACAAAAGUCUUUUAUUAUUAUUGCUGGUGCCUUGUUAGUUCAUUGAUAUAUCUUCUUGUAUAACUGUCAUUUUUUUACCGUUUUGAUGUGAAUUCUAGCAAGCACUUGCACUCCCAAUGAGUUUUGUCAAGCUGGAAGAAAGCACAAAGUCUACUUUAAAGAUGCUGGAUCGGGGGAGAAACAGCUGGAAUUCCACUUUUAUUCAAACUAAACAAAGUCUUUACUUACUGAAGCUGCAUUGUUCUUUUCUCUUUUUGCCUUUUGGACCGAGACCAUGGACUUGUUUUGGCGUCCAUGAUUGUAUUUAGCAAACUAACUCUCACCUGCGCCAAGCCUCCUGUUUUCAUGAAGGAAACAACAAAGACUGGAUUCUGUACCUCCUUUUUCCACUUCUGUGGUUUUGGACACUUGCAAUUUUCUGUCCGUUUGGCUGACAUUGAAAUGGCUGACAAAUACAACUUGUCCAGUCCUCCAA